AUGUCAGCCCCAGCGAGAGCCGUCGCCACCACAACCCGCUUCCGCAAGCCUCUUCUCGGCCUCAUGUUUGGCACUUCAGCUAUUGGUGUUGGCACUUAUAUCCGAUCUCAGCUCGUCACAAACUCCAACACCAUGGACCGAUUUUUCGCCUCAUACAACACCCCAGAAAGUGAGGCUUCGAGGCAGAAAACUUUCGAGGGCCACCCCGAUCCAAGAACAAAUCUUCUCAACUUCUUGAGUUGGAAAUAA